UAUCUCGGCUGGUACAGUGUCUUGAGUGCUCACCCGUGUGCAAUAUGUAUCAAUCCACUUACCGGGAUCGCCGCUCGCCAUCCUCCCGCCAGUGAUUUCGCCUCCUGUCGCCAAAAGCAUCCCCGUCUCCGCAACCGCCCCCUUGGAUUUCCAACAGGCCACCCCAACGUUAUUUGGACGAUGGCUCCAAGAUGGCUGAAGCUGCUGAUUUUUAUCGCAAUGUGUGCUCCGGCCAUGUCAGGGACGCCGCCGACCAAAAGUCGCCAAGGUGAAGCGUUUCAAAUUACUCCAAAGGCGUGCACGGUGAACAAUGUGCCCGGCGUGUGCAUGUUCGUGUGGCAGUGCAUCCACCACCAAGGCAAGCACCUGGGCAUGUGCAUGGACGCCUUCAUGUUUGGUUCUUGCUGCCAACUUCCGCCCAACUCAACAGUGCCAACGGUGGCCUCCGAGCCCCAAAUCGCAGGCUCGGAGGCGGUCAGUGCCUACCUCAGCUCAAACAGGCCCCAGUAUUCGCGGCCUGGCACCAAGAGGCCAUCGUUCACCAAGUACUCCACCACAACUACACCGACCCCUGUCACCCGAUUCCCAGCAGACAUCAACAGCGAAAAUUUAAUUGUCGACUACUCGCCGGCGGAUGACAAAAUUUACGCUCCUCUUACCACCAAGUACCCUUCGUACUCGACCACCACAAAAGACAAAGUUAACACCUUCAGCAUCACCAGCUUGCCCGAGCCAACACAGCCAGCUUUCGUCACGAGACCUAAGCCAUCCACGUGGUCGGCGCCUUUUCGGCCAAGACCUCCAGACCUAAUUCAAGGUUCCAUCUUUGGACAGAGGCCCCUGAACUCCCUGAAGCCCCAACCGUACGGGACCAAAAAGCCUUUCAAGCCCACCACAGCCUUAACAACUAAAAUCCCUCCAUCAACCACAACCUCAACAACAACGACCACGACAACUACAACCACUACGACGACAACCACCACAAGACCAGUAGUUCGGCCAACAAGACCGGCAAUUCAGUCCUCCUCAUUUGUGUCCACCACCCAGACACAGCCGCCGUCGACGACGGUCUUGUUAACCACCACAACUAACAAGCUGAACACUACAAAAGCACCGGCUCGGCCUAGAAAAGAGUGUGGUGUACCUCCAUUAAUUCCUCCUCGGCCAGAAAUGCGGAUCGUAGGUGGCAAGUCGUCCGAUUUCGGCCGUUGGCCCUGGCAGGUCUCGGUUCGGAGGACGUCCUUUUUCGGCUUUUCGAGCACGCACAGGUGCGGCGGUGCGGUGAUCAACGAAAACUGGAUCGCCACUGCGGGCCAUUGCGUGGAUGAUCUGCUGACGUCGCAGAUUAGAAUCCGAGUCGGCGAGUACGACUUUUCGUCGUCCGGAGAGCCGUUUGCCCAUGAGGAGCGCGGCGUUAUCAAGAAAGCUGUCCAUCCCAAGUACAACUUUUUCACUUAUGAGUAUGACUUGGCCUUGGUGCAGCUCGACAGGCCCCUUGAAUUUGCGCCGCACAUAGCGCCUAUUUGCCUGCCAGCGUCAGACGACUUGCUGGUUGGUGAGACGGCCACUGUCACCGGCUGGGGUAGACUCAGCGAGGGAGGAACUUUGCCCUCUGUUUUGCAAGAGGUUUCUGUGCCUAUAGUGAGCAAUGAAAAGUGCAAAUCCAUGUUCCUGCGAGCCGGCAGACACGAGCACAUCCCAGAAAUCUUCCUCUGCGCUGGCUACGAGAAUGGAGGCCGAGACUCUUGUCAGGGUGACUCUGGUGGUCCUCUUCAAGUUAAGGGUAAGGACGGACACUACUUCCUGGCCGGCAUCAUCAGCUGGGGCAUCGGGUGUGCAGAGAACAACUUGCCCGGCGUUUGCACCAGGAUAUCCAAAUUCGUUGACUGGAUAAUGGAGCAAGUAACUCAGUCGUGAUUUAAGAUGUGACCAGACGUUCAAGUGAGACAGCAACUCACAAAUCUACCCGACUGUGAAUCAAUCAACCACAUGAAAUAUUGUUAAUUCCACUUGUGCGAAAGGGCAGUUCCGUGUUUGCCAUCAGUGCAGGACCCAGAUUAAGGAGCCUCCUUUUCAGCAAGUGGACAUUUGAAUUUUACGAGUUGCAAAAAGAAGCUGCAGAGAGGAAAGUGCUAUUCAUGUACAUAUCUAUAUAGAGCCUCAUUUUAAGUGUCACUGUGAUAAAGAACCUUUUUUAAAAGAUGUUGUAUUCGACGCAAGUGAGUGUGAAUGUGUCAACGUUGUUGGACAUUUUUAUUCCUACAGCCUGUGUCAGUUGAUUUUUAUGUGUAUAGAAUUUUUUAAAUGUCAGCAAAGAAGAAAGAGUCUUAAUAUAUUUUGCUACUUUCUUUUGCAAAUGAGACUUAUCAACAUCCUAAAAACCAAUUUGUGUUUGUAUUGUAUACAGAUUUCAAUUAUAAUUCAAUUAAAAUAAAUAAUAUAUGUCAAU